AUGGAAAUCGAGCCUACCCAGCCGUCUAUUCUGGUACCAGAAGGUCAGAAUGCGGUAGAACAACCGCAAGCUGACGAUUUAGCAGGAGAUAUUGAGGUGGAUUCUGAAAUGCAGGUCGAGGGCGGUGCUGAAGUCCGCGAGAACUCUAUCUUCCUUAGCGGGGUCGAUGACUUUAGUGCCAAAGAUGUUGAGAACUUUGUAUUGUCCUUCUAUAAGAAACCGUUUUACAUGGAGUGGGUUGAUGACUCGAGUCUAAAUGUUGUUUAUGAUGAUGCAGAGGAUGCCUUUCAAUGUCUAGUGGCUCUCACAUCCGAAGAAGAGUUUUCCAAAAGCGAGCGGAUUGAGCCUACACAACUACGGUUGACCAAGCCAGACCCUAAAUGUGGCGUUAGUUUAAAAGCUCGAUUCUCAAUGUCGACGGAUAAAAAAGUUCAAAAGGCCCGUGAGCGAAGCCGAUUUUAUCUCAUGAAUGGUGAGCCCACAAGAAAAGAGGAUAUCGUACGAUUCGGAAGUAACAGAUCUGGUGCCUACAAGUACGGAACAAGAGACCAGGAUCUUCUUGGCGGGGACAGGCAUGGGCAUCGCCAUGGAAGCGAACUUUUCCCCUCAAAGCUGAAAAAUAAAGCCAUCAGUGCCAACGAUUCCCAAGUUCUCAAAGAGAGGGCAAAAGAACCAGAUCUGUUCGCUCAUAAAAUCGGCUCAAGGUCAAGGAAUCGCCGCAAGCGAAAUGACCGCAAAAAGAAGCCCUCGUCGCCGGGGGCCCCUUCUGUCUACAGUAACAUGGACUACUGA